AUGGAAAUGAGAAAGUGCAAGGUUUUUGUUGGCUCAUCUCACCCGGAGCUUGGUAAGCUUGUGUGUGAAAAGCUCGGCGUGGAGCCAGCGCCGUGCACCCUCAAGAAGUUCUCGAAUGGCGAGACCCUGGUGCAAAUCGGGGUGUCCAUCCGGGACGAAGAUGUCUACAUUAUCCAGCUGGGUUCGCCCGAGAUCAACGAUCACAUCAUGGAGCUCCUAAUUCUUAUUCUGGCGUGCAGAGGCGGGCUGGCGGCCAAGGUGACGGCGGUGAUCCCCCAGUUCCCUUACUCGAAGCAGCUGAAGAUGAAGAAGCACCGUGGUGCCAUCACCGCCCGCAUGCUUGCCAACUUGUUGGUGAUGGCGGGUGCCGACCACGUCAUCUCGAUGGACUUGCACGCGGCCCAGAUGCAGGGGUUUUUCACUAAGCCCGUCGACAACUUGUUUGCCGGCCCCUCGUUGGCCAACUGGAUCCGUCACAACAUCGCCGAUUGGGAAGAAGCGGUGGUGGUGUCGAAGAAUCCUGGCGGCACCAAGCGGGUGACGGCGUUGGCGGACGCGCUCAAGAUCAACUUCGCCAUGAUCCACACCGAUCGUCGCCGUACACACGACCAAUACUCGAAGAAGAAGGCGUUGGCGAGACUGAAUUUGAAGGACAACGACGAUGAAGAAGAGGAGGAAGACAACAUCGUGUCUGAGCUUCAAACCGCGAGAGUGGUGAAGGGUCACGUUGUUGAUGAAGACUACGCCGCCGACCCCGUGCCCCCGGUGCCUGCGAUCAACGGCGGCGACGCCUUGGGUGGUACUUAUGAUGCCACCAACUCUGACGAUGACGACGACGAGGAAGUGGCCCCGGAAAAGUUGAUCACCCUCGUUGGUGACGUCAAGGGCAAGACGGCGAUCAUUUUGGACGACAUGAUCGACAAGCCGACGUCGUUUGUCGCCGCUGCCGAACACUUGAGACUCAACUGUGGUGCCAAGGCGGUGUACGUGUUGGGCACCCACGGGGUGUUUUCGGGCAACUGUCUCCAAGUGUUGACGGAGCUGGAGUGCAUUGACAAGAUUGUUGUCACCAACACCUACCCCAUCAGUCAAACCCACGAAAAGUUAGCGGUGAUCGAUGUGCUGGCGAUCUUCGCCGAAUGCAUUAGAAGACUGGUGAAUGGGGAACUGAUAAGUUACUUAUUCAACCACGUCAUUUAG